CUUCACACACUCCCUCCACACACAAGCACACACACACACCCGAGCACAGACAGCUGCAGCACCAACCAUCAACCAUGGCUGUAUGGGACACUGCCUCUCUGCUCCUCGGACUCCUGCUCCUCUUUCACACCUGGGGAGCAUGGGCCACAGUGCAGGUGAGCAUGGAGGACAGAGUGGAGGUGUUCAGGGGAGACACAGCUCGGAUCACCUGCAUGUUCACAUCAGACGAGGGCAUCGGCGGCAUGACCAUAAUGUGGUUCCACUCGAAACGACUGGGAGGGAGGCAGAAAAUCUCCUACCAGGACUCCACCAUGGAGGUCAUAGAUCAAGGCACGGCGUUCACGGACCGCAUCAAUUUGAACGGCACCGGGGCCAAUAAAGAAGUGGUGCUGACCAUCAACAAUGUGCAGCUGGAGGACGAACUGGAAUUUAUCUGUUCCAUCAAUACUCUAACAGACGGAAGUGGGGAGGGAAGUACAAAGCUGAAGGUGUUUGUAACACCAGACUAUCCUACGAUCAAGGCUGAACCAACAGCAUUCUCAGUCAACUCUGGCAGCAUGUCCAAGAUUGGGCUCUGCGAAGUCAAGAACGGCUACCCCAAGCCGAACCUCACUUGGUACAGGGAUAACACUCCCCUGCGCAAUGAUCUGGACGUGGUGAAAGUGACGUCCACAAUCACCACUGAGUCCAAUAGUCUGGUCUCAGUGUUGAGUGAGCUGAGGCUGCGGGUGAGCAAGGAGGACAAGGACGCUAAGUUCUACUGCGAGGUCAACUUCUUGGUUCCUGGAGGAACCAGGAUGAGAGAAACAGACAAAAUCAACAUCACAGUAUACUACCCCUCCACAGCCAUUAGUGUGUGGGUGGAGUCACCAAAGGGCAAAAUAAAAGAAGGGGACUCGAUCGAGCUUCACUGCCACGGCAACGGGAAUGCUCCAUCAGUCUUAACAAUCAUCCAUGGCGACGUCCAUCGCCCUGUCGAGGCCAAUAUGUUGGUGGUGAACAACGUGACCCGUCUGAACAGUGGAGUUUACGAGUGUACCUCUGAGGACAUGGAAACCUAUGAUUUGAUCUCCGGAAAUACCAGUGUGACGGUCAACUUUCUCGAUCCUGCUGUGGUGUUUCCCAAAGACACUGUUGUGGUGGCCCAUGGAAAGAAUCUGACGGCCACCUGCAAUGCCCUCUCCUCUCUCCAGACACACACUGCCUGGUUUAAGGAUGGAAAGGAGAUAUCAAGGGGUCACACUUGGACCCUGGCGGAAGCUACGUUCGACACAGCAGGGACAUAUGUGUGUAUGGUGACUGUUCCUGAUAUCGAGGGAAUGGAGACGAGUGGCACACUUCAUGUUAAUGUCGAAGGCCCACCAGAGAUCAUGAGGCCAGACAACACAGAGAUAGAAGAGAGUUUUGAGAAGUCGGUCGACCUCAGCUGCAGCGUCAGAGGUUUCCCUGCUCCCGACGUCACCUGGGCAACCUCUGAUGGAAAGGUCCUCAAUCCAACAUCCCUAAAGCAGACGGAGGAGGGCAUUCAGAGUGUGGUCAGUGUCAAGGUCACCUCUGACGUCACCGUUUUCUGCAACGCCUCCAACGAGCACGGCACUGACUCGGUGGCCUUCAACAUCAAAGCCACUAUACACACCACCACACAAGCCACCACCACCACUAGCACUUCUAUUUCCUCUACCACAGUUAAAGCAGCAACAGCUAUCCCACCAAAGAAAAUCAAGAAAGAGGGCAGUGGUGUGAUCAUCGCAGUCAUCAUUAUCUGCAUCCUGCUGCUGGCCAUCUUGGGGAGUGUGCUCUACUACCUCUACAAAAAGGGCAAAAUCUGUGGCCGAUCAGGAAAGCAAGACCUCACCAAUGAGAAGUCCAACAAAGAAAACAUCGUGGUGGAGAUGAAAAGUGACAACACAGAGGAAGCCAUUCUCCUUGGGGUCAACGGAGAAAAGCUACCUCCCAGUGACCAGUAAAAGGUGGUGAGCACCUGGACGUGCAGAAGUGAGGAGGUGACUUCAGCUGCUGCUCCUGUUCUUCCCUCUCAGGCUCGUACCUGCUGAUGCCUUCAAGCUUCCGCCAGAACUCCUUAUCUUAGAGUUAUAUCAUGGAAACAGCUCAGUCGUCCAUCAGUCAAUAUCCACAUGGACGACAGUUGAUCUGAGCUGCAACUUCUGCUUCCUGUUUCGUCACAUCCACACACAUUUCUCCUGGAACGCAUCUCAAGCUUUAACGACACAAUCCUGCAAAUAAAUCUUCUGCCUUAAACGAAAAGACCGACCUUAGACCGUAGCUCUCGGUUGCGCGAGUCGUAUAAAAUGCUGAUCGUCUGUAGAACAAACAUUUAGAGCACAAAGUUGACCAGGGACUGUUUUUAUAUGUGACUGAGCAUCACCUCAGGCAAAGCAAUCACAAGUGUAUAUAUUAUAAUCUCUGUAUAUAUUUCUUUAUUUAAAAUAACAAUAGAAAAAAAAAAACAACAACCAAAAAUAAAUGACCAGAUAGUGUUUUAUGUUGUUCUGGUGCAGGGAGAGUUUAGGUAGUUGUAGUCCUCCUGUUUGUGUUUUCUUUUAUUAUGUUUUCUGUUCUGCUCAAGUCUGCACACUGAAUUUUAUGGGAUGUUUCCCUCAAUAAGCGAUUUCCAGCCUUUCUCAAUAAUGUUGCCUUUUAGCUCUGAAAUCAAACUUUAAGGAAAUUUAAUCCCAUAUCGUUCCCAUCUGAUUUUUCUCCAUCCACAGCUUACACCUCACACUUUCUGUGUACUAAAGAAAAUAUUUUUAAAGACGGGUGAAUAAUCUGUUCAGGAUUUGACUUUCAAGGAUUAACAUUAUCGUUUCUUUCCUUCACAAUCUAGUUUUGUAUUUUAUGUGUGUUUUUGAAUUCAGUCACAUUUUCUAUUUAGUUACAGUCAUAUUUAAUGUUCGGUGCACUGAUUUUUUUGAUUUUAUCCUCCAUGCAGUUGUGUUGUGUUUCUCUAAUGUGAAACCCUCGUCUUGUUUAAUGUGAAUGAAAAUUAUUACUUUAGUGUUUAUUUCUUUUUUUAGGAGGAAGGAUGAGGAUUAUUGGUCAAUGAUAAAAAUUGUUCACGGCAUGAAGUCGACGUCAUUAUCAGAAAAAGACACAUUUCUGUUUACUGAAUGAAUGAAUUCAUGUGUUGGCUGAAACAUGAAAUAAUCUGUUGGAUCAGAGAGAAGCAGACGGAUCCCCCCUCAGACAUGCGAUGCUUUAAAUCAACACGCGCUCUGUGUAAAUGUAUUUUCAUGUUGUGACAUUAUAACAUGUAAGACUACUGAGGAGGGGGAAACGACUGUGACUCCAGAUUUGCAAAUGAAGUUGGACGACAGCAACCAAUCAAGCUGCUCCGUGCAGCCGUCUAACUCUCCCCUCCUCUUCUCUGUUGGUCUGUUUUCUGUUCCUGCUGUUUUUGUUUUUUUAGGAUCUACCACUGUUAAAUUGUUGUGGAUGUAUGAAAUCUGUUAAAAUGCCUUUUAAUGCCUAAGAGUUUAAAUUAAUGUCAUAGAUGGCAUUCAAACCAAUUUACCAACAAAGCCACUGUUUGUAGUUUUUGAGAAUUAUACCAAAUAAAGAUUGACUGUUAAUUGAAAA